CGUCGUCUUCCUUCCCGUUCGUUUUGGCUGGUCACCAUGGCUUUCAUCCAUCCUAUGGCGCUCACUUGGUGAGAACAUCGACAUCCAUCACGCGCGCGUGGAAAGGAUGGACCUCACUUGGCAUCGUCCGCCCGCCCCUGUCGGCUGUGUGGUGUUUGUGUGUCACAGGGGUCAGUCAGCGGUGGGUGCCAUCGCCAACUUCCGCAACAAAGACUCCAAUUCGCCCAAGGCGCUCACCGAGAACCAGGAGAAACUGAGAGCAGUCCAGCACGAACGUGGCGUGAGUCCCCCAACACAACAGGGUUGCGGGGUGCUCUUCUCAUGGGGCCGUUGUUUGUGGUGUCCGUUUCCUGUCUUUCAGGUCGGCAAGAAGGGUGAGAGCUGCCUGUGGGCCUGGCAAGCGUCUGGACGGGCACUUGGAGAUCUGUCUGUCUCCCUCACCUUGAACAUCUCUGUGUGCUGUUGUGUUGUGUGUGAUGUGUACUGACUGUAUGUGUGCAGGUGGUUUCGACUCCCACAACCGUCGCUCGUACGGCCUGGCUGAGCGCCAAAUCGUUGCGGGACAGCUCGACAAGUGAGGGACGGAGGGAGGGAGGGAGAGAAAUAAGGAGGGAGACAGCCACGCACACGCCUUCGCCUCACCUUUAUUGAGGGAAUGAAACACUGCCUGCAGGGUUUCCCCGAAGACGAUGGACAGAUUGAUGCGUUUCAACAGUGCGUUCCAGAGCUACGGCAACUCGGUUGUCGACACCCUCGAGGCCAAGGGCCAGGGCCGCAGCAAGGAGCAGAGCAACUACACCCGCCGCGGCUCCACCGCCAGCGUCUCAUCCGACGCUUCCUCCACGGCACUCAAACGCGGGGGCACCCUCGACGUAAGUCGGAAAAUAAAGAGACACCACACACACACACAGCAGAGAGGCAGGGAUGUGAAUUGAUGGAUGGAUGGCAUGUGUGUGCGUGUGUGCGUGUGUGUGUGGGUAUGUGGGUGGGUGUGCGCAGGAGUCGCAGGGCAUCGGCCUCUAGACGACACACGACAACCAGCCGGACGGACGGACGGACGGAAGGGAAGAGAAACUGCAUGGCUGUGGAUGAUGUGAUGUAGUAUAUAUCUCGACACAUACAUACGCCACGAAGUGCCGUGUGCUGUGUAUGCCUGUAUGCCACACACAUAGACAGACAGACAGACAGACACAUUGCUGCCACUUGUGAUGGGUGUGAUGGG